CUGAAGUUAGCAUAAAAAACGAGACCCCCGCACUUACGGGCAAAGUCCUGAUAUGGUAGAAUGAUCAUUAGCAUAUGUGAAGUUGGCUGACAUGUACUAGUCCUACCUGGCCUGAGUGGAGUUUAUACAAGACAAAAUCCCUAGCGGGUCUACACGAGAUAUUUGUUCCUGCGAUCGCUGCUCACUUAGAAACUCCACAAGCCAACAAUACCUAUCCCCAAAGAGGUUAUCGAAAUUAUUAUGAUACAUCGCUGCAUCCUCCUGGGCCUCUUGCCCUUAGUCAGCCUUGUGGCGGCAGGACCAUCGUCACCAUUCCUCAAUCGACGCGCAAUAACAUGUCUCAAAGUCGGCGCCACCGCAACAGCAAGCUGGACGAACAAUGCCGGACAAGCUUGCACGUUCACCGGGAUGGUGGGGAGUAACUACGGCACGAAUAGUGUCAACGGCGGGGAUUACUCCUGCAAUGGCCGCUGUGGAGCUGGGUGCAACGGUGUGGCAGUUGGCAACGUGUACACCCAAGAUUGUUUCUCGCAUGAUAUAUGCUCGUGGUUUAAUAAUGCUAGUGGUGGGGCGAGGUGAAUAUGAGGCUGUCCUUACGCCGAAGGAAUGCAAUGACUGAUGAUUACGAGCGACGUAAAUUGCGGUGCGGCGUACAGUGCUGCUGUGGACGACACAGUAGGGGGAGGGGCCCUCGCGGGUUGCUCGCAGACGAAUCCGACAAAUGUCGCGGUCAAGCCGGUUGGAACACCUUGCAAGUGAGUAUUGAUGGAACUCGAUUCUAGGAUCACAAGAUGUUUGUGCUUUUCCA